AUGCAAGAGUUAAUUCAAAAAACUUCUUCUGGAAAUUUCCUCAAGUCCAAAUCUGCUGCUGAAAACGCUGUCUUCCAACUCCUCAAUUACCACCCCAACAAAACCCACAAACUGGGGGGCCCCCACAGGGCCCCCGUCGCCAUUAAGGUCGACUUCCACCACAAGGGGGCCCCCCAGGGGGGCCCCCAGGGGGGCCCCCAGGGGGGCCCCCAGGGGGGGCCCCAGGGGGGCCCCCAGGGGGGCCCCCAGGGGGGCCCCCAGGGGGGGGCCCAGGGGGAGAACGAGGCGAGCGGGGGCCCCCAGGCGAACGGGGGCCCCCAGGAGGGUACUGAGGGGCAGGGGGGCCCCCAGGGGGGCCCCCAAGGGGGUACUGAGGGCGAGAAGGGUCAGGGGGGCCCCCAGGGGGCCCCCGGGAAUGAGGGCAGCGGCACGAAGUGCUUCUUUGUUGUCAGGAGACACAAAGAGACAAAUGAGGAAGAUGCAGAGGACUUUUCUGUGUCGAAGUGCAUUUCGGAACUUUCGAAAAACCCGCCGGUAGAGCCGGAAGCUUUUGCUGCCUUUUUGGAGCAGCGGUACGAAGCUGCUGCUGCUGCUUUCGACGCUGCGCAGCAGCAGCAGCAGAAGCGCAAGGCAGCAGCAGCAGCAGCAGCAGCAGCAGCAGCAGCGGCUGCUGCCACGGACGAGAAGAACGCGAACGAGCCGCAAGACGGGCAGCAGCAGCAGCAGCAGCAGCAGCAGCAGCAGCAGCAGCAGCAGCAGCAGCAGGCCGAGGGGCAGAGCGGCGGCGACAGCAAGGCCCAGGCAGAAGCCAAGGAGCCAGCAGCAGCAGCAGCAGCAGCAGCAGCAGCAGAAGCAGCAGCAGCGAGCAGCACAGCUGCUGCCGAAGAGUCCAAGGCGUAA